GGCUCCUGGUUCAGCUGGGCCUGGUGGUUCGCUCCCGCAGCUGCCCGGCCAGCGAAGGCUACACCUGGUGCGAGGUGUUGCAGGACGUCCGAUCCUUGCUGAGCUUUGCGCUUGGCACCAUCUUGUGCUGCCUGCUCACGCGGAAAGACGCGGUGGCGAUCGAGCGGCCCCUUUUCAACGCCUGGCUCAGCAUCCAGCUUUGA